AUGGCCAAAAUUUAUCCUAAUCAAGAAUCCACGACAUCAUCUCAGUCUCAUGAUAAUCAGUGUGUCAGUAAUAAAAGAGAGAGAUAUACUUUAUGGAUGAAAUCACUAGUUCUUCACUCUAAUGGUUGCACUGUGUAUGAUUCAAAUGGUAACAUAGUUUAUAGAGUUGAUAACUAUGAUACAAAGGGUGGAAGAGAAGUUAACCUCAUGGAUCUACAAGGCAAUGUUCUCUGCACUAUCAAAAAGAGAUUACUAGCUUUUGGAUGUUGGGAAGGACACAAAUAUCACAGCAGCAAUUCUAAUAGCAGAAGUCAAGAGGAGCAACCAUGGUUUCAAGUUAAGAGAUGUCUCAGAGGGAAAACAGCAUGCCAGAUUAAAGCCGGGUCCCAAAAUUUGUGCAUAGAAAGAAUGAGUAAUGGAAAAUCAUUUGGUUUUCGGAUAGUAAACAAAAACGGAGAAAUCAUAGCAGAGGCAAAGCAAAAAGAGUCAUGUUCAGGGAUUGUUCUGAGUAAUGAUGUUCUAACUUUGGAUUUAGAAGCUGGCACAGAUCACUCUCUUAUAAUGGCUUUGAUUACAGUAUACGGAUUGAUAUGUGGGAAAAUGUAG